AUGACUUCCAGGCUCCGGCUCCCUCGGUGUCUCCUGCUCGGCUGCGUGGUGCUCGCUGUCUGCGCACAAGCCUCCAGUGGUGCCGGUGACAGUACUUGCUGGUCUCCUAGUAUCACUACAUGCACAGAGUGUCUAAGAAGUGGACCACAGUGUGCCUGGUGCUUCAAAGAGGAUUGGUCGUUGCCAGGCCAUCGCUGUGACCUGCCAGUGAACCUGCUAAGAAGAGGCUGUGGACCGGAGCUAAUGGAACAGUCAGAGGUCAAAGUGGAGGUCAAUGCCACUGUCGGCAGCACACAAGUGUCCCCAGCCGACAUUAGCAUCACCCUCACACCAGGUUCUGAAGCCAGCUUCAUAGUGGCUGUGAAGCAGCUGGACCGUUACCCAGUGGAUCUAUAUUACCUGGUGGAUGUAUCAGCCUCUAUGCAGGAAAACCUGGAUCAUCUGAAGACAGUUGGCGUUGCUCUGUCUCUUCGUAUGACGGAGCACUCCUCGGACCUUUGGCUGGGUUUCGGCUCGUUCGUGGACAAACCCGUCUCCCCUUACAUUAAUGUGCAUCCCUCCAAGAUCAACAACCCCUGCAGUGAUUAUGAGAUCCGCUGUCGCCCGGCCCACGGCUUCCACCACGUCCUCAGUAUGACAGGAAACAUGAGCGAGUUCACGCGCGUGAUUAAACGCCAGCGCAUCUCCGGGAACAUGGACACACCUGAGGGGGGGCUGGAUGCUAUGUUGCAAGCUGCUGUCUGCCAGCGGGCGGUAGGUUGGCGACCAGAGGCCAAGCGUCUGUUGCUCCUGAUGACGGACCAGCCAUCUCACCUGGCCCUGGACAGCCGGCUGGCAGGGAUUGUCACGCCUCACGACGGCCUGUGUCACCUGGAGAACAACGUCUACACAGGGAGCACCAGGAUGGACCAUCCCAGCGUGGGUCAGUUGUCCGAUAAGCUGCUUGAAAACUAUAUCUACUCCAUCUUUGCUGUUGAGAAGCAGCAGUACCAGUGGUAUGAGGAGUUGGUGCGUCUGCUCCCUGCUUCCUACCUGGGAAAGUUAGGCAUCUUCCAGGCUUCAAACCUAAUCGAGCUGGUGGUGGAUGCAUACAAGAGGCUGCUGUCAGAGGUCGCGGUGUCAGUGUCAUUGGAGGACGAGGCAGUCAGCAGGUACUGGGUAUCUGUGUCUCCUCUCUGUCCUAACGGGUCCACUGCCAAGGACCAGAGCUGCUCGGGGGUGCAGCCCGGCCAGACGGUUUACUUCAAUAUCACCAUCGGCCUGCGCUCGUGUCCUGAUGAUGGCGAAGAUGAAGACGUGCGAGUCAUGGUUCAUCCAUUGGGUUACAAUGAAUCCACUGUCGUUAGGAUUCACUCUAAAUGUCGCUGCAGUUGUGGACCAACAAUGCGCUGUCAUGAAGACAACCAAUCACCGUGCACAGGCACCCAGGACGCAGCCAAUCAGGAGCAGAGGCCAGACCACGGAGAUUCAAACUGGAUAUGCAGAGCUGAUGGGUCUGAUGUGGACUGCAGUGGUCGGGGGGAAUGUGUCUGCGGGAGGUGUGUGUGUGAAGAGAGCAGGCUCGGGACAGUAUACGGGAAAUACUGUGAGAGGGACGACUUCUCCUGCCCUUAUGAAGGGGGACUUCUGUGUGGGGGACGGGGUGUGUGUGUCUCAGGUGAAUGUCUGUGUGACGACGGUUGGACUGGUGAAAGCUGCGGUUGUCUGGUCUCCACAGCAACCUGCCAAUCAGCCAAUGGCUUGCUAUGCAGCGGGCAGGGGAAAUGCGUGUGCGGCAAGUGUGUAUGUGACGACCACCGGUACUCUGGGGACUUCUGUGAGAAAUGCCCUGCUUGCCAAAUCACCUGCCAAUCAUACGGGAAGUGUUCGGGCUGCAGCUCUUCACAGGCUCUUGCACAGAGAGAGGUGGGACUCUGCAACAACACCUGUACAACACUGAGGGGCUACAUGGACAAUACUUCAGAGUGUACGAGCAACAGCCGGUUGGUGGGAACGUUCCUCAGCGUGUGUGCACUGACGGUGCUCUGCGGGCUGGUGGUGGUGGCCGUCUCCCGCUUGCUUCUACAGAGAAAACGUGGCUGGUCACCAGGGGGCACUGCUGAGGACAGAGUUUAUCACUGCACUGGAAAGGACUUGUCCUACAUUCCAACAACCAAUGAGAAGACAGUUACCUACAGGAGGGACCAACCACCUGACCGCCCUUUGGAGAUGCACAUUCAGGUUCCCAAGAUGCCCCUUGGUGACCCCUGGCAGUACUAGGCCGAGGUCAGAGGUCCCGGCCAGAGGGAAGGUACAAGAGACUAGAAGGAGAGUUGGACUAAAAGACUUCUCUUCUGUGUCUGAACCUUCAUAAAACUU